AUGGCCGGCACCCGCGGCGGGGACCGCUCCGCGCUGCCUCAGGCCGCCCCCCCCGGCGGGGGCGAUGCGCAGCGGGAGGAGUUCGUGGCCCUCACCGCCGUGCAGACGGAGAAGAGCGAGCUGCCCACCCCCGGCAGCAGCCCCCGGCGCCUCGGGCUCCUCGGGACUCCCCUGCCGGCGCCGCGCGGGGGCUCGGGGACCCGAUCCGCGUCGCACAAGCGCUACCGGCGGCUUCAGAACUGCCUGUACAACGUGCUGGAGAGACCCCGCGGCUGGGCGUUCAUCUAUCACGCCUUCAUAUUUCUCCUGGUCUUCAGCUGUCUGGUCCUGUCUGUGUUUUCCACCAUCCCAGAGCAUCACAAAUUCGCCAACCAGUGGCUCUUCAUUCUGGAGUUCGUCAUGAUUGUGGUCUUCGGGCUGGAGUACAUCAUCCGCGUGUGGUCGGCGGGCUGCUGCUGUCGCUACAGAGGCUGGCAGGGCUGCUUUCGGUUUGCCCGGAAGCCCUUCUGCGUCAUAGAUUUCAUUGUCUUCAUUGCAUCUCUGGCCGUCAUCGCUGCCGGCACCCAGGGGAACAUCUUUGCUACCUCAGCACUGCGUAGUAUGCGCUUCUUGCAGAUCCUGCGCAUGGUGCGCAUGGACCGCCGUGGUGGCACCUGGAAACUCCUGGGCUCGGUGGUCUACGCCCACAGCAAGGAGCUAAUCACAGCCUGGUACAUUGGGUUCCUGGUCCUCAUCUUCGCCUCCUUCCUUGUCUACCUGGCAGAGAAAGAUGCCAACAAAGAUUUCCUCACCUAUGCAGACUCACUGUGGUGGGGCACGAUCACACUCACCACCAUUGGCUAUGGGGACAAGACCCCCCAGACAUGGCUGGGCCGGGUGCUGGCUGCCUGCUUCGCCCUGCUGGGCAUUUCCUUUUUCGCUCUGCCUGCGGGAAUUUUGGGUUCAGGCUUUGCUCUCAAGGUCCAAGAGCAACAUCGGCAGAAGCAUUUUGAGAAGAGACGGACACCAGCUGCCAACUUGAUCCAGGCUGCAUGGCGCCUCUACUCAACAGAUGUCAGCCGGGCCUACCUGACUGCCACCUGGUGUUAUUACGACAGCAUCUUGCCACAUUUUAGAGAACUGGUCCUUAUGUUUGACCACUUGCACCGAGCUCGCAACGGAGCGCUCAGGAACUCAGAGGUGAGGAAGUUCCCCGAUGGAGCUCCGCCGCCAUAUCACUCCUUCACCUCGGGCCUGAGAGCUGCCAGUCCUCCAUGUUGCUCGGGGGAAAGCAACAAAAUGGGCAUCAAGGACCGCAUCCGCCUGAACAGCUCCCAGAGGCAGGGCAGCCGGGGGAAGCAGCACCUGGCCCCGCCGCUCCGCCGCUCCCCCAGCACCGAGAACGUCAGUGAGGCCUCCAGCCCCACCAAGGUGCAGAAGAGCUGGAGCUUCAAUGACAGGACACGGUUCCGGGCCUCGCUGAGACUGAAGCCCCGGACACCAGUGGAGGACGGCCCCGCGGAGGACAGCAGUGAGGAGAAGGCCUACCAGUGUGACCUGACCCUCGAGGACAUCAUGCCUGCAGUGAAGACACUCAUCCGGGCCGUCAGAACCCUCAAAUUCCUGGUGGCCAAACGGAAGUUCAAGGAAACCCUACGUCCCUAUGACGUGAAGGACGUCAUCGAGCAAUACUCGGCUGGUCACCUGGACAUGCUUGGACGGAUCAAGAGCCUCCAGACACGCGUCGAUCAGAUUGUGGGUCGGGGAGCCAUCGCGGUGGACAAGAAGACUCGAGAGAAGGGCGAGAAGGCGUCCCUGGAGGUGGAGCUGGUGGAUGAGUUCAGUAUGAUGGGCCGAGUAGUCAAGGUGGAGAAGCAGGUGCAGUCCAUUGAACACAAGCUUGACCUGCUGCUGGGAGUCUACUCGCAGUGCUUGCGGAAGGGAUCCGUGAACUCCAUCAGCCUGACGGCCGUGCCAAUCCCUGCCGGGGAGCCUGACAUCACCUCUGACUACCACAGCCCCGUGGAGCACGAGGACAUCUCUGUCUCUGCCCAGACCCUGAACAUCUCCCGGUCGGCUAGUGCCAACAUGGACUAA